AAAAUGGCGACUCCAUACGUGGAGCAGGAUGUUUCGGCCGUCUCUCAGAUGAUUUCAGCUCUGGAGGCGGCUCGAAAAGAUAAACGACAUGGCGGGUUUUCCUGCAAAAAGACUACUUUCAAGGUCAAGCCCUCUCGAGACGGUAUCGAUGUCGACUCUUGGAGAAUGCAGGACUGGGACUAUAAGAAAAAGGGCCUUCCCACUUAUGCCCGCGGCCUCUUUACCACAAAGAACAGCAGAAAUGCGCCGGAAAUUGCCGUCCGAGGCUACGACAAGUUCUUCAAUGUCAACGAAGUGAACGAGACCAAGUGGGACGUGAUUCUUAAAAACACCAAGGGGCCGUACGAGUUGACCCUCAAGGAGAACGGCUGCAUCAUCUUCGUAGCUGGCCUCGAAGACGAUACUCUCCUCGUUUGCAGCAAACAUUCCACUGGCGACCGCAGUGAUGUCGAGCUUAGCCAUGCGCGUGCUGGAGAGAUCCGAUUGGAGAAACAGCUGGCUGCCGUCGGCAAGACCAAGGGGGAUCUUGCACGAGAGCUGCGUUCCCGGAAUAUUACUGCUGUAGCAGAGCUUUGCGAUGACUCGUUUGAAGAGCAUAUUCUGGCAUAUGAGAAUGAUAAAGCUGGACUCUACCUUCACGGCAUUAACCUCAACCUUCCCGAAUUCGCAACCUACCCAAGCAACCUGGUCCAGGAGUUUGCGGCCCAGUGGGGCUUCAUCAAGACGGAUCUCUUGAUGAUGGAGGAUGUGAACGAGGUCAAGACGUUCUUGGAGGAUGUGGCCAAGACGGGAUCAUAUUCCGGCCGUGAUGUCGAGGGCUUCGUUAUCCGAUGCAAAAUGUCACACAACCCGACCCAACUACCCUACCAAGACUGGUUUUUCAAGUUCAAGUUCGAGGAGCCUUAUUUGAUGUACAGACAGUGGCGCGAAUGCACAAAGGCCAUGAUCUCUGGGAAGCAGCCCAAAUUUAAGAAACACAUCAAGAUCACCGAAGAAUACCUCAUGUAUGCUAAAAAGCAACUGGCCGCGAACCCGAAUUUGUCAAAGCUCUACAACCAAAACCACGGCAUCAUCAAGCUACGAGACGACUUCCUUGCAUACAAAAACAUCAAGGGAUCGGAUGCCGCCAACCUUGACGUCUUGGAUCGCGUUGUAAUGACGGAAGUCACCAAAAACGUGAUCCUGGCGCCCAUCGCCACCAUUGGCUGUGGAAAGACUACGUUGGCUCUCGCCCUAAAGCACCUCUUUGGCUGGGGCCACAUCCAGAACGACAAUAUUUCAGGCAAGGGGCGCCCGCCGAGAUUUGUCAAGGCUGUCAUGGAUCAGUUGAAGGAGCACCCCGUUGUCUUUGCAGACCGAAAUAACGCACAAAGGCAUGAGAGAAAGCAGCUUAUUGGUGAUGUCAAAGCACAGGACGUCGAGACUCGAAUUGUUUGCUUGAAUUUCCGACACGAUGAAGAGACCAUUGAUGAAAUCAGGCGGAUUACUCAAGAACGUAUCAUUGAGCGAGGAGACAACCACCAGACCAUCCAUGCGGCGACGGAUCAGGAGAAAUACAUGGAGGUCAUGGAAGGGUUUAUCAAGCGAUUCGAGGAGUGCAACACCAAUUCCCCUCCAGAUGCAGGCUUCGAACUGGUCAUUGACCUGGAUCCCACGGCUGGCACCAGAGUGAACCUGGAAACGCUUGUCAAUGAACUACAUCUGUCUCUGCCCAACGUGGUCAAAGAAGUGCCAAGCCCUGAGAAACUCGACGAGGCUAUGGAAUAUGCACUGGGAUACACACCCGACUUUAAACACACCAUUCCUGACAGAGGUGGAAAGAAGGACUCCAAAGCAGGACAGCGACAGCAGCAGCAGGCUCAACCAAAGAAGAAGAAAUUGGAGUAUAUGGCUAUAGGCGUGGCGACAGAUCUGAUUAACAAAAUUCUCGACAAGGCAUUCAAGGGAGUUGGCCCCGAAACCUCCCGAUUCUACUUGCAGCUCAAGAACUCAAGAAGAGUGCAGCGCGCGUUCCAUGUCACGCUGAUGCACAACGCGAUGGCGCCCCAGUACCCGGAAUUGUGGAAACGGUAUGUCGAGCUUCAUGAAGCUGCCGGGGGCGGCGAUGCUCUGCUUGGUGAAUGCGACGUGAUACUCGAGCGGGUUGUUUUUGAUGAUCGUAUCAUGGCCAUUGUCGUCCGCAUCGUCGAUGAGGAGAACAAGUGGGUGUGCGUGAACCGCGUUGCGCACAUCACGGUGGGAACGCGGGAUGCCUCGGUGAAGCCCAAGGAGAGCAACGAUUUGCUGGCCAAGUGGUUGGAAGUCGGUGCUGGUGGCGAUGGAAAUGUGAUUCAAGAGGUGGUGUUUGCUGAUAAAGUAACGGCCAGGGGACAGGUCAAGGGUGUUUUGUCCCGAUGAGGGAAUAUGAGUAGUACUGUACCAUUAUGGCAAGCGUUAUGAAGCGAAAAGAGAAGAAAAGGGAAUAUGAGAAAAACGGCAGAGAAAUGCCGAAUUGACAUGGUGCUGUGCUUUAUAUCGUAUACCCGCUCACUUGGGCGAGCAUAGUCGCCUAGAAGUACCUAUAUGCAUGCUCAUGGAGAAAUAGCACUUUUGACUCUUUU